GUUUUCUACUAGAUUUUGCAGCGGAUUGAAUGAGGUGAAGAGAGGACUUUUGGUUGAAGGCUUUGGGUACAUGUCUCUGAGGAGGUGGUGUCCGUCGCCAUUUGAAUGCAAAUGUGGAGGGAGAACAAGGAGACUGUGUGCUAUGUCCGUGUGUGACUGUGUGUGUGUGUGUGUAUGUGUGUGUGUGUGUGUAAGAGAGGGAGAGAGAGAGAUUGAAUAAGAAGAAAAGAAGAAAUAACUUGCCACACAUUCAGACACGUUUCCUCUUGUUUACUGGUAGUCGGUAGUCGGACGUACUUUUAGACACUGCUUAGAUUCAAGAUGUGUCUCUACAACACCUCAGAUAAAUUGUUUUUGGGACUGAAAAAAAAAGAUCUAGCUAGAUCCGUUUAAGAGAAGCGAUGCUCUUUUAACCAGUGAUCCAAGUUCUCAUUAACCAUCUGAAGCAUGUCGCGCCGGAAACAGAAACGACCACAGCAGCUUAUGAAUUCCUCUCCAUGGAGCUCAGGGAUGCACGGGCAUGAAAAGACGUUUGCAGUGAGGUCAUUCAACACAACCCUUGCCACAGACUCCUCAUCUUCCUCAUUUGCCACCUCCUCCUCAUCUUGGAGCUGCCAGCCCCCCCUGGCUUCCCACCCUCCCAGCAAAGGGCCUCUCAUCUCCUCCCUGCCCGGGGACAGCUCCGCAUCAGCCGCCUACUCUGGCCGUCCCAAGCCCAAAGGCUCCCCUACAUCCCUUGUAGGCUCCCACCACCACGGCCAUCCAUUACUGGACAUCCCUCACCUGUCCUACCCCGCCCAGACCCCUACGCCAGCCCCGUCCACACAGAGCCACUGUCCUCGCUUCCUCAUGGCGUCUCCCAAGCUUGGCGUGUCGGCGACCACCACCUCGUCUUCCUCGUCUUCCUCCUCGGCCGCUCCGCUCUGCCCGCCACCGCACCCCCCCACCGGCAGUCCCAGCCCAGUGCCCGAGGGACCCCCUAGCCCGGUGACCCCCGACCCCAGCCCUGGCGCUGUGCCCCCCGGUCCGCCGCGCGCCCACCUCAGCAUCGCCGUGAUCCUGGAGGAGCUGCACGUGCUCCAACAGCGACAGAUCCACCAGAUGCAGAUGACCGAGGAGAUCUGCCGGCAGGUGCUGCGCCUGGGCGGCGCGUCCUGUGCCUGGGACUCCCUGCCGCUCCUCCUACCCCCACUGCCCCAGCUGUGCCUGGAGGGCUCCAAGAGCGGCUCCAGGCCGUCGUCCCAGCCUGCCCCCGCCCCUGCCCCGACGCCAGCCUCCGUGCCCCCUCUCCUUGCCUGCUUCUCGUCGCUGCUCCCGCCCCAGGCCGUGUCCAAACCGCCGAAGCCCACGCACCCAUUCUCUCAAGUUCUCCGCCCUCACAAAUCCCAGCUGGACAGCUCAGUUAUCGGAGGAGGCACAGACAACCAGACGUAUCCAGUCUCCAGUGCCCGCUCCUCAUCCUCUUCCUCGUCCACCUCCUUCAGUGCUUCCAACUCCGCCGGUUCUGGCUACCCUUUGUCCCUGGGUAUGCCUGGGCGUACUAUGCAUGAGAAAUCUGCCAAUGCCCUGUCAGCAAGUGGACUCAGCGGGCUCGCGGCUCUUUCCCAUCCAGCCCUGCCGGCCGCCGCAGCCCAAGGUGCGCCCCUACCGGAACCGAACGCGUCCGCCGCCCUGGCGCUCGGGUCCGCAUCGUCAUUCUUGGGGCGCCUGCACCACACCUGCCGGUUCUGCGGCAAGCAGUUCAGCAGUGACUCGUCGCUUCAGAUCCACCUGCGCUCACACACUGGCGAGCGUCCGUACCAGUGUCCAGUGUGCCUGAGCCGCUUCACCACGCGCGGCAACCUCAAGGUGCACUUCCUGCGCCAUCGCGAGCAGAAUCCUGAGCUCUCGCUCUCUCUGCUGCCACCGGCUCUCUUCAGCGCAGGCGGCGCCGGCGAGCACAGCCAGCCCCUGGGCUCCAGCACCGGGGGAACCGCUGCCGCGGCCGCCGCUCAUCGCCAGCGGAAGAGACAGGCGGAGGACGAGCUGUUCGGCGACAGCCUGGACAUCGGCGCAUCUGGUGGUGCGAACGCAGGAGGAGGAGGAGGAGGAGGAGGGGGGUCAUCCCAGCGCACCCCACCCUCAUCCCUCCCACUGCCCCCUAGUGUGGACAUCGCCCUAAUCUCGACGGCUCACUCGCUCAUACAACUCAACCGGGCCGCAGCAGCCGCCGCCGCCGCUGCCGCCUCCAUGUCCUCGGAACGCAGUGCGCAGACGCCUUCCUCCUCCUCCUCGUCUUCCUCCACCUCCUUGGCCACCACCUCCUCCACCUCCUCGCUGGCCUCCUCUCUGAUGUCUGUUCCUGCCACCUCUGCGUCUUCCUCCAUCGCGGGGCUCCUCAAGGGCGCCAAGCAGCAGCGGUUUGACGAGAACACUCCGCCGCUCCCGACGCUGCUCCCACACUCGGCCUACUCUCAGCUGGCCCACCUUCCCAAACUCCUGUUCCCCGGUGCCUCCACUCACCACCACCCUGCCCUGGGGCUCCUCCGAUCCCCAGCCUCCUCCCUGGCUGCCUCCCAGCAUUCCUCCUCCUCUUCCACCUCCUCCUCCUCUCAACAGCUGCAGCAGCUCAACUUCCCCUUCUCCUCCUUCCCAAAGGCUGCAGCCUCGUCGGCCGCCUCCGCCAGCCCGUCCACCUCUACCCUGACCUCCGACACCUCCAAGCUGCAGAGGCUGGUGGAGAAGCUGGAGAAGGAGCCGCCGAGUCCGUCCCACUGGUUGUCUUCCACGGGGGAGGCACUGGGCGGCAGCAGUAGCAGCAGCAGUAGCAUGAGCAUGACCUCGGCCACAGCCCUCGCCACCUCCAGUAGUUACAUGAUGUCCAGCGCUUCCGGGGCCACCCAUGGCCACAACUCCUCUCCAUCCUCUUCUUCCUCCUCCUCCUCCUCCACCAUGCUGACACCAGCGUCCACCUUCACCAGGGAGAUGCUGGCCGCGCUGGGCAUAACGACUGGCAGGCCGUCCGGUUUGGCCGGCAUACUGAUGCCCAACCUGGGGAUGAUGAGCGCAGCCGCCGCCCUGGCGCCCAACCAGUGUGGCAUCUGUUUGCGGGUGCUGAGCUGCCCACGGGCACUCCGCCUGCACCAGGCCACGCACCUGGGCGAGCGGCCCUUCCCCUGCAAGCUGUGCGGACGCUCGUUCUCCACCAAGGGCAGCCUCAGGGCACACCUGGCCACACACCACGCGCGCCCGCCCAACGCUCGCGCCCAGAAUUCGUGCCCGCUGUGCCAGCGCAAGUUCACCAACGCCCUGGUGCUCCAGCACCACAUCCGCAUGCACCUGGGUGGCCAGCUGCCACCAGAGGGCGAGGGAGAGCUGAACUCAGAAGCCACGGAGCCGGAUUCCUUCUCUUUGUUCCAGGAGUCGGAGAGUGGCGCCAGCACCAUGGGGCCCAGAGCGGUCAGUUCCGUUUCCUCGGGUGGCGAAUUGAAGAGCACAGACCAUGGCCAGAGCACAGAAUGUAGCACAUCUGUGAGCAGCUCUGUGUCUCUAUCUGUCGGCGGCGGUAUCAGUGGGGUGUCCCUGUCCACUGCAGGCAGCCCCAGACGGCCUUACAGCCCUGACCCGGUCCCACCCUCCGACCUCAGCCCUGACCCCAACCUAAACCCCGCCACUCACGUUCCCCCGUCAGGCAGCGUGGAACCGCCUGUCCUGAGUGCCAGCGUUCCACCACCGCCACUCCCGCCACCCAAGCCUCUCUCCCCGUCUCCUACUCCUGCUGCUGCUGCUUCUCCAGAAUGUUCUACCCUCGGUGACCCUCACGUGGAAAACCCUGUCGUCGCAACCCCGGCCAGAAGCGCCACCUCUGCCCCGUGCUCCCCCGUGGUGACCAAACCCAGCAGUCCUCUGAGUCUACUCGGGGACAAUGACAAUGACCUGAGCGAUCCCCCAUCGUUCCUCUCCUUGUUUCCAGCUGGCAGCAGGUCAGAUCUGGAGAGUCUUCCAAGCAUGUCUUCAGCACAGAGUUCUUCAGCACAGCCCCCGCCUCAGUCCAGUGCCAGCUCUCCACCUUACUCGAUGCCAACCUUGGGCACUGCGAAUCAAACAAGCUCACUCGAUGUGGACUUGGGUGAUGCCCAGCCUGAGAGAGCCUGCAGCCCAGAACCCAGUGAGGAAAGCAAGGUGGAGGGGCCUUCCUGUUCAACACCAAAGAUCUCCCAAAUGGUGACCACCAGCCUGGAUGGGGGCAACCAGCCAGUGCCAAUGCUGGACACUGUGGACAAGGACAGAGUUGAACCUCCUCAAGAGGCCUCAGAGCAAGCGCUCAAACAGCUGAUAGGGUUGAGGAUGGAGAGCUUCUCCUCUCCUCCUCCUCCUCCUGUGAAGGAUGAAAUGAUGGAUCCUGGGAAAAAAGCGGGUCCCGAGCAGGAACAGGCGGAGACGGUGAUGCCCAUCAGCCUUGCACCGACUCUGCCACACCCUGCAGCGCGGCCAGAGAAGAAGACUUACUGCUGCUCUGAAUGCGGGAAGGAGUACGCCAGCCGCAGUGGUCUGAAGGGCCACAUGAAACACCAUGGUGGAGCAGUUGUCAAGCCUACACGCACCCCUGCGAGAUCUACGCGCUUCAGUUCCGAGCGUCACACUGCCACCUCCAUGUCCUCUCCCCUUCCUGCCCCGCCAGCUACCGCCACCCGGGCAUCCGUCAACUUCUGGAACCAGUACCAGGCCUUCCUCAACACCAACAGUGGAACCCCAGCCGAUGACACGUCUCCCGGCCUUGUCAGUCAGAGCCAAGGGGGGUUGGAGAUGCCUCAGUUAUCCGAUUCUCCAAUCAGGUCGCAGCUGAUGAUGGAAAUGGCUUCAGGGAUUGGCUCCUUGGAGAAGGAGGAUGAAACGGAUGAGUGAGGUGAUUUACAGACCAGUGUUCUGGUGCUUUUAAACAGUUCUAUGCCUUUAGACAAAAAAAUGUACAUUUAUGUUUUCAUAUAGUUUCACUUCUUGUCAGUCUUUUUGCUAGUCUAUGAGUCAUUGGCUUGAUUUGUUGGUUGUUUAAUGUGAUGGUUGUGCUGUUUUUUCUUUCCUCAAAGAGGACAACUUGGGAAAAAAAUAUAGCCUAAAUGUAGCAUACAAACUCUUUACAUGAUUUGACAGCAUUAAAAUAUUUUGACCCGGUUUUAAAAGACAUGUUUUAAAGAAAAAAAUGGUGAGCUAGCAAAACCUGAAAAUCAGGAAAGCAUCUUCUUCAACAAAAAGUAGAAAAAAUUAGAAAAUCUGUUAAGACGUGAAGAAAUAACAGGGAAAAGACUAGGGGUCUCUAAACUUUGUACAUAUGACCCAACGCUUCAGAUAUUUGUGACUGGCUCAUGUAUUACUGUGCAGUUAUUAAAUUGUGUCAAUAUGACUUACAUUUUAUCCUCCUUACACUAAUAAACUAAAGAAGGCCCACCUGUCUCAGCAGAGUAUUAAGUUAAAUUAAUAACUAACGGUAGCCAUUUGUGAAUUGUUUGGCUGUAAUGUUUACUGUUUGGAUCCACAGUGCCGUAUGUUGUCUGUUUUUUCAGUUUUAGUUCCUCUAAAUGGAGCUAUUUUUUGUUACUGUUUUAUCUUUUCAAACCAGUAAAUCAGACAUAUUAGUCUGUACCUUUCGUGAGUUGUUAUUUCAGUGUAUGCUCAAAACUGAAGAGUAAAAUAAAAGUUUGGUAAUGAUACCAUUA